GUCACAUUGAGACAUUUAUAUUACACACAAUUUUUUUACAGCAAAACAUUUUCUUACAAUGAGGCGCAAUUCAAGUGAUAUUUUCUGUCUCAAAGAGCCACAAGCAGGCGAUACAAGAGGUACGCAAAUGUUUUCAGUUAAUGGACAAUGCCAGUUGUCAAAAGUAGGCAGAAGACGGCACCUUCAUUCGGGAUCCUCUAGUUUUGAGUAUGGUUCUCAUUCGCCACCACCCGGGGAUUCAGCGCAAGUGCUCCAGGAGCCACUGAUGGAAGAAGUGGAGGGUAUAGACGCAUUGGAAUUACACUCGGAUUUACAUGAAGCUCAUCUAGAUUCGCCUAGAUCUGAUAUGGCAGUGGGUACGCUUUCAUCAUCCGCUUGCAGCCCCAGCACUUAUACGAGCGCUGCCAGUAGCCCCAACAAGUUUAAAAGGCCUGCCAAAACAGAAUUCCGUAAGAUUAAUUCUCAAAAAGAAGAAGAAAAAAUUUUGCCCUCUGUCAUGUCAAGAAAUCCUUUAACUGGUGCAGGUCUUGAAACUGAAACGCGCAGGAAUACGAAGAAAGGAGCUACGAGACAGCAAAAGUGGACGUGGUAGAAGGCAAUUGUUCUUAUUUAAAUGUAUUUUUUUCUAAUAAAAUUUCUUGGAGCUUUUAA